AUGAACACUGCCAGCGACGUCUCUCCACCUCUGGGUCCGACUCAGUUAGCAGCAGGCCACGCGCCUCCAACGCCACCUCACGAAUCCGCUCUCGAUGACAUUUAUGGAUCUGCGCCUACUUCGCCCUUCCUUGAUGCGCAAGCUUCCGACCGCGCUCAUGAAAUGCUCUCAGACCUACCUUCACGCCAGCGCACACUCGAUGCUGAUGCCUACCGCGAAGGCUUAGCUUCAGCAAAGGGACAAUACGUGCAAGAAGGCUUCGACGAAGGGUACGCGGUGGGCGCUGACAUCGGACUACGAAUUGGCUAUGUGUUGGGUGUACUUCGAGGCUUCGUGGGCGCAUGGAAGGGGCGUGAUCAGGACACAUAUUCCGAGGUCCUCAAGCUGCACGAGGAGGCACAGAAGGAGCUUGCCAUCGAGCAGCUACUAGGGCGAACCUGGGUCGACGAAGAAGGCAUCUGGAAGUGGGAGGUCCACGGUGCAGACGGUGAGGCUACAUUUAGGGAGGUAGCUGCGCAGCAUCCUGUCGUACAGAAGUGGGACAUCAAAGUGGAGGAGCUGGCGGCACGCUGGGACGUCAAUCUGAAGGCUGUGGAAACGAUGAGUAGUAAGGAGGAGGAGCAGGCAUGA